CCAGGCUUCUGUUUUUUCCAAGAAAAAAAUCAGAAACUGAAAAAAAAAAAAAAAAAAUUUACGGCCUGUUGGUUUUUUGCUCUGCCGCUGUGUCUCCAUUUCUAAAGAUUUUUUCUUCCAGCUGACAGAUUAUUCUGCCAGAAUUAGCAGCGGCGGGAGAAGAUAUCGCGGCUGAGCUACGGAAAUCCUGCACACGUCGGCUCCUCGAAAUCCUUAUCCGAAACCUCACUGUUGCCUUAUCUCUCCUCGCUUGAGUUUAUCCAAAUAUUCUCUCUCCAACCCCAGCUUAUUUGUAGUUGUUUUUCGUUAUCCUGAAGACUGCUGCCGGAAACCCUAUCGACUCGUCGCUGGCAAAAUCUUAGUUUUAAUUUUUUUUUUCCGGUGGCAAAUUCACGUUUUCUUCUUUAUGGCGCUGAUUUUGGAUGCCCUAAUUGAGAUUCUGAGGAAGCCGACGAUUGGAGACAUCGUUUCGGAGCUGACUCUUUUCGCCGCGCCACUAUGGAUUGCAGUUUUUGUUGGACUAGUGGUUGGAUGGGCGUGGAAGCCAAGGUGGGCGACUGGGAUGGUCGGUGAAGAGAAAGGGUGUUCCGAUGAUGAUCAUCAGAUGAAACCUAGGGCGAACUCUUACGGUUGCGGUUUGCAGCUGGCUCUGCCGAGUUUGGAUUCUUUGAGGGCUCAGAUUCCGAGCUACCUCACUUGUCUGAUGCCUGAGCAGAUACGUGAGAAAGGAGAGAAGGUUGUUGAUGACUUGAGCCCUCCGCAUCUGGUUAAGAAGGAAUUGGUGGUGAAUUUCGACGAUUUGCAAAACCUUUCUGCUCUUGUUGAGACAACAGAUGGUGGACCUGUUUGGAUUCGUAUGAUGGAAAAGAGCACGCCAACCAUGAGCUAUCAAGCUUGGCGCAGAGACCCUGAGACGAGUCCUCCACAGUAUCGAACCAGAUCUGUAUUUGAGGAUGCAACGCCUGAACUUGUGAGGGACUUUUUCUGGGAUGAUGAGUUCCGGAUAAAGAACAAGUGGGAUGAUAUGCUUUUGUAUCAGUCGCAAUUGGAGGAAUGCUUGGUUACCGGAACAAUGACGGUUCAUUGGGUUCGAAAGUUCCCCUUCUUCUGCAGUGAUAGGGAGUACACCAUUGGGCGAAGGAUUUGGGAAGUAGAUGGAGCUUAUUAUUGUGUGACAAAGGGCGUUCCAUUUCCUUCUUUACCUCGGCAAAACAAACCAAGGCGGGUGGACCUAUAUUACUCUAGCUGGUGCAUUCGUUCAGUUGAGUCACGACGUGGUGAUGGCCAGAAAACCGCCUGUGAGGUGCUUCUAUUCCAUUAUGAAGACAUGGGCAUUCCAUGGGAACUUGCAAAACUUGGUGUUCGACAAGGCAUGUGGGGCUGCGUCAAAAAGGUCGAAUCUGGACUUCGUUCAUACCAGGCAGCAAGAAAAUCUGGCGAGCCUCUGUCCCGUUAUGCAGAAAUCGCUCAAAUUAACACAAAGAUUUCUUCUGGGCGUCUGAGAUCACUGGGAAGCAUCAAUGAUACAUCAGAAGACAUAGUAGACGCUGAAAAGGAGAAGGAGAAGGAGAAGGAGAAGGAGAAGGAGAAGCCUUGGGGGAGCAAUUUGCCUAAGUUUCUUAUAGUUGGCGGGGCUGUGGCGCUUGCAUGUACACUUGAUCGAGGCCUGCUCACCAAGGCGGUCAUUUUUGGUGUUGCCAGAAGGUUUGCAAAGAUAGGGAGGAGUUUGUGAUCUUGAAGAUGGACUGGUAUACAUCAUAUAUCAACUAAUGUUUUUUUUUCCCUACCAGUUCAUUUUGUUGAUAGGGUUCAUGGAGCUACUACCCAUUUGCUACUUGCAGAUGGCACUUAGAGUAGGUAUUUGUGACAGUGAGGCAGAAAUUAGUUAAUAAUAUAUCAAUCAUCUAAAUCCUUCUUAAA